AUGAGAUUUCCUGAGAAGAAAGAAAGAAGUUGUUCUUAUUUAAGUUCUCUUACUACGUCUAAAGAAGAGAUUAGAAAAGUAAUAGUUUCUUCAAAUGGAUUAGUGUCUGUUUUUGUAUAUACUAGUAAAAUUCAAUUUUGGGAAAAUAAGAGUGAUUCAUAUAAAUUAGAACCAAUACAUAUUAAUAUUCAAGUUCAUUGUAUUGUUCCAAUUAAAGAUAAAAUAAAUGAAUGUUCAUUUUUAUGUACAAGUGAUAAAGAUAUAUUAGUUAUUAGAUAUAAUAAAGGGAAAGCUACAAGUGAAAAAAUAUAUACUCAUUCAUCAAAAAUACGUGUUCUUUCAAAUUUUUCAGAGAAUUUAUAUAUUUUUGUUGAUAGUAAGAAUAUUAUCUAUAAUGUUGAAAUAAAUCAACUUCAAAAUAAUAAGGUUAAUGAAUUUGAUAAACGUUCUCCAAUACAUGAAAAGAUUAUUAACAUUAUUCCAUGUCCAAAAGAAGAAACAAAAAAGAUUGGAAUUAUCACACAAAAUCAAAAUUGUUUUAUUUAUGAUUAUUCUACUGGUCGUUUAAAUAAUGAUUUCAAUGUAUUUCUACAACAAAGAAGAAUUAAAGUUAUUGAUAUGUGUUGGGUCAAAGGAGAUAUACCUGUUGUUUUAACUCAUGCAAAACAAGUUAUGAUUUAUUCUCCAGAAGAAGAAAAAGUAGAAAUGAAAGAUAAUUCUCAAACAACACCAUUACAUCUUCUUCCAUCUAAAAUAUUUAGAAAAGUAAUGAGUAUUAUGUUACAUGGAUUUACAGAAGAAACAAUACUUUCAAAUAUAAUUAAUAAGUAUCAUAUGAAUAUUGAUUUUAUUACAAAUGAAAAUGAUAAACAAAAACUUUGUGAAGGAAUAUGGAUAAAAACAAAUACUAUGAAAAAUGAAUAUAAUGAAUAUAUAACAAUAAUUAAUAAAACAGAAAUAACAUUAAUAGAACAAUAUAUUAAAAUUACAGAAUUAUUAAAAUAUCCACAACUUAAUGAAUUUUGGAAAUUAACAAAUAAAUGUAUUCAACAAGCAAAACAAAGAGAUAGUAAUGAACAAUAUCAAAAUAUUAUUCGACAAAAUAAUAAAUUAUUUUUAAAUGAUAGUAUAAAAGUUAAUAAACGAAUUGUACCACAAAUUAAAGAUGUUGUACCACCACCAUAUGGAUUAUAUCCUGAAUUAUUUGUUGAUACUAAAUUAAUUGAUGAAACAGAAAAAUUAAGAUUAGAAAAAUAUGAAAUUGCAAUCCAAGAAGAUGAAGAAAUAAAUGAUGUUGAAAAAAGUUGUAAAGUAAAUGAAUUAGAAUUAGUCUUUGGUACUGAUUGUUCAAUGAUUGGUAAAUAUAUUGAUAUGUUGAAAAAAACACAAAAAAUAGAAUAUGGAUUAUGUGCAACUCUUUUUGCAUCUACAACUCAUCCUGACUUAUUAGAAAAUACAAUAAAUGAUGUCAUUGAUGAAUUAUUAAAUAUUAGACAUGAAGAAGAAGCAAUUCAUCUUCUAGAAAAUAUAGGAAAUUAUCAAUCAGCUUGUCAAUUGAUGAUUCAAACAGGAAAAGUUUUUCAAGCAGCUUAUGCAUCAACAACUUUACUGCCAUUGGAUAAAACAGUACCUUCAAUUUAUAUUCCUUAUGUUGUUCAACAAUUAGGAAAAGGAUAUUAUAUUCCAGCAGCAAUUAAUUUAAUGAAAGUAGGUGGAUUUAUUGAUGCAAUCAGAAUUUUAUUAAAAGGAAAUUAUAUCGAAUUGAGUGCAUUAUUACUUAAUGUAUUAUUAGCAGAAAAUAUGGUAAGUCUUGAUGAACAAAUUGAAGUCAAUUUAAAAACAAUUAUAUUUCAAUCACCAAUUAAUGUUACAACUUUUAGAGAAUUAUGUCGUGUGGUUUAUGAAAAGUACAUUUCAAUAUUAUUGAAUGACCUUGAAAUUCCUUCAUUAGCAGAGUUUUAUUCAAUUAGAUUGAGACUGUUAGACUAA